GCCCUGCGCGCGGCUAGGGUCGGGUCGUGCUCCCGGGGCGGCGUCCAGGCUCGAGCGCGGCGAGGCAGGCGGACGAAGGCGGCAGGAGCUACAUCAUGGACACUCUCGCUGAAGCCAACGGCACCUUUGCCAUUAGCCUUCUAAGGCUACUCUGUCAAGACGACCCUUCGCACAACGUGUUUUAUUCUCCCUUAAGCAUCUCCUCUGCCCUGGCCAUGGUCCUCCUGGGGGCAAAGGGAAACACUGCAGCCCAGAUGGCCCAGGUACUUUCUUUAAACACACAGAAAGACAUUCAUCGGGGUUUCCAGUCACUUCUCACUGAAGUGAACAAGCCUGGCACCCAUUACUUGCUUAGAACAGCCAACAGGCUCUUUGGAGAGAAGACUUGUAAAUUCCUUUCACCGUUUAAGGAAUCCUGUCUUCAGUUCUAUCACGCUGAGCUGGAGCAGCUUUCUUUUGUCAAAGCUGCAGAAGAGUCCAGGAGACACAUCAACACUUGGGUCUCAAAAAAGACUGAAGGUAAAAUUCAGGAGUUGUUGCCUGGUGACUCAAUUGAUGCACAGACCAGGCUGGUUCUUGUAAACGCCAUCUACUUCAAAGGAAGGUGGACCGAGCAGUUUGACAAAACAUGCACCAGAGAAAUGCCUUUUAAAAUAAACCAGCAGGAGCAGAGGCCGGUGCAGAUGAUGUUCCAGGAGGCCACGUUUAAGAUCGCGCACGUGCGCGAGGCGCGCGCGCAGGUGCUGGAGCUGCCCUACGCGGGCGGGGAGCUGAGCCUGCUGGUGCUGCUGCCCGACGACGGCGUGGAGCUGGGCUCGGUGGAACAAAAUCUCACUUUUGAGAAAUUCACAGCCUGGACCAAGCCAGACUCAAUGGAGAGUACUGAAGUUGAAGUUUUCCUUCCAAAAUUUAAACUGCAAGAGCAUUACAACAUGGAAUCUGUGCUUCAGCGUUUGGGAGUGGUAGAUGUCUUUCAGCAGGGCCAGGCUGACUUGGCAAUGUCGGUGGAGAGAGACCUGUGUCUGUCCAAGUUUGUGCACAAGAGCUUUGUGGAGGUGAAUGAAGAAGGCACGGAGGCCGCGGCAGCCUCGGCCGACCUGGUUGCGGAGUGUUGCAUGGAAUCCGCUCCGCGGUUCUGCGCCGACCACCCCUUCCUUUUCUUCAUUCGGCACAACAAAGCCAACUGCCUUCUGUUCUGCGGCAGGUUCUCAUCUCCAUAAGGGGUGCGCUUUCCUCUUUCAGUGUCCCCAGGUCCCCUUCUACAGCUCCGUGAGGAUGGGCGUAAAGCUGAGUGCAAGUGUGAGAGCAGUGUCCUGACUUCAUGCUCCACACUGUGCGUGCGCGGACUGCUCAUUUCUGCCUCUUAGCCAUGGACUUGGAGUAAUAGAACAGACCUUAAUGAUUCUCUGCUGUAUUUAGGAUAUAUCUCAAAUAGCAGAGAAUGGCAUGCAAAGUUUUUCUAGAAUUCCACUUGCAAUUCAUUUUAGUUCACCACUCUUUCCUGAUACCUCAAAACUUGUUGCAUACUUGCUUUAACAUGACUCAAUAGCUACAGAUGCUGCUAGAUAGUACUACUAUUUUAUAGUUUUCCUGGUGCUUGGAUUUUUUAAAAAGUUUCUUUAAUGCACAUUUAUAUUUUACCUGUGUUUGACUUUUACCAGUCACCAAGUAUGUGCCAAACACUGCAUUAGGCACUUGGGGACACAAAGGGGGAAAAGUCAUGGUGUUUUGACACCUGGUCUUUAAUAUCUGUGCCCAACUUAUAUAGCUUUUACAAUAACCAGAUUGGACUAGUUAAUGUCUUUAAACUUACGCUUUCAGGGAUCACAACUUUCUUCAUGUUAUUGUAUUUCUUCACCUCUAACAGUAAAAAUUCUAUUCAACUCUUAAAGCUCAUUUCAAAUGCCUUAUUUUAGAAAUUUUUCAUUUUCUCCAUAACCAGAUGUACACCUUUGAAUUCUCCUUGCCCACAGCGGGCCCAUCUCUCAUGGCAGUAGCUUUAUUUAUUAAUUUUUCUGUGUACUUAGGAAAGUUCUCUCAUGAGGCCAUAUGUUCACCAAGCAUUGGGACUACAUAGCUUACAUACAUAAUCCCACUAUAUAUAGUCCCAUUCUGUGUGCCACUUAUAGUGCUGUAAUAAGUAAGUUGAUCAGAUAUGAGCCAUGUUAGUUUUUUUGGUGGUUAGAUAUUACUUUACUGAUUUUCUCUUUUAGAAUCUUUUUUAUUGAGGUGAAAUUCAUAUAACAUUAAUUAACCAUUUUAAAGUGAACAGUUCCUUGGCAUUUAGUAUGUUAACAAUGUUGUGCAACCACCACCUUUGUCUAGUUCCAAAAAAAUUUUCAUUAUCCCAAAAGGAAAGCCUGUACCCAUUAAGCAGUCACUCGCCAUUCCUUUCUCCUUCUAGCCCCAGUAAUCACCAGUCUGCUUCACUGUCUCUAUGGAUGUACCAAUUGUGGGUGGUUCGUAUAAAUUGAAUCAUAUAUGAUCUUUUGUUUCUGGCUGCUUUCAUUUAGCUUCAGUUUUUGUGGUUCAUUUAGGUUGUAGUUUGUAUCAGUACUUCAUUCCUUUUUACAGCUUAAUAAUUUUCUAUUACCUGGAUGCAGCACAAAUUGUUUAUCUACUCAUCCAUCUGAUUUGGGAAUUUGGAUUGUUUCUGCCUUUUGGCUAUUGUGAUAGUGCUACUAUAAAUAUCCAUGUACGUGUAUUUGUCUGAAUACCUGUUUUCUAUCUGUUGGGUAUAUAUCUAGGAGUGGAAUGGCUGGGUCAUAUGGUAAUUCUAUGUUUAACUUUUUGAGGAACAGCCAACCAAUGUUUCCCACAGCUGCUGAAUCUUACAUUCAUUCCCACCAGCAAUGUAUGAGAGUUGCAAUUUCUCUUCCUAUCCUCACCAACACUUAUUAUUUUUCAUUUCCUUUUUAAAAAAAAUAUGGUAAUCCUAGUAAGUCUACAGUGGUAUCUCAUUGUGUUUUUUACUAGCAUUUCCUAUGUAGGAGUUAGAAAGUACAAUACAAACCAGAUGAGACAUCCAAUGUCAUGGAUGAGAUUGGAGUGAAAAAAAACUUGGCAGUGGGCACACAGUUCAGCACCUUUUAGGUAAAUUAUGAACAAUUGCAACAUUAUGUAUUAUACAAAGAUACACGCCAGUUGCAUUUCUUUUAUUAUUGGUGAAAGCUUUUUCAUGUGUUUAUUGGUUCUUGAAUAUCCUCUUCUAUGAAUUGUCCACACAUCUACUUUUCUGUUUGGUUGUUCAUUUUACUAAUUUUUACAUAUCUGUUUGCCUAUUAAAGAUAUUAUCCCCCUCUCUGUUAUAUUUUUUACUCAUUUUGUUACUGGAUUUUAAAUUUCGUUACGAUGUUUUGUUAAUCAAUGGGUUUUUUUCUUCCCCUAUAGUCAAAUCUAGGUUUUCCCUUUGUGAUUUCUGAUACUGCUUUCAUUCUUAGAAGUACUUUCCCAUUAAUUAAAUCAUCAGUUAUUUUUAAUUCUGAACUUUUAUUUUCUUAAAUGAUUUAACUAUUUCAUCCAUGUGGAAUUUUUUACAUUGUUCACAUUCAGGAGAAAACAUAAUUUGGUUUAUUUACAAAUAGCCAAUUUUUGGAUAUUUUGUAAAAUAAUAUGUUUUCCCCAGGGUUCAUACCAUUUUUUCAUCUUUAUUCUUCCAGAUGAACUUUAGAAUAAUUUUUCAAUACCCCAAUUUUUUUUUAACUGGGAUUUUUUUGGGGGUGGUAGGGGUUAGCGUGACAUUAAGCAAAAAAUUACUUGGGUAAAUUGAUCUAUUUAUAAUGUUUAGUUUUCUCAUUCAGGAAAGUGAGGGUAGUCUCCAUUUAUUCAAAUCCUUUUAAAUAUAUUUUUAUUAAAACCUCUUACACAGUUUUUGUUUUUCUCAGUAUGGUUAUUUCUAAAUUUUAUUGUCAUUGUAACCAAGAGCAUUUCCCCCUACCUGGUUAUGGUAGCAUAUAAGUAAACUUCUGAAAUUUAUGCAUUUAUCUCUUAUAUGACCAAUUUGGUGUACUCUUUUAGUAGCUUAAGAGUUUUCAAUAAAUCCUCUUGGGGUUUUUGCUAUAUGGUUACAUGAUAGGCAAAUGAUCUUUAUUAGAUAUGUAAUUGUUUGUACAAAUAAGAGAGAGAACACCCUUCUAAUUACUACACCGGUUGUUUAUGUUUUCUGUUUCUUUUUUUGUUCUGUCUUUGUCCUUUUUGCAUUACCAGGCAUUCUGAGACAGGGUAUGCAAUCACAAUGGGCACUCCUGUGCUGCUCUUUGUUUUAAUUUAGGUUGGUAAUAUCCAGUAUUGGUGUGCACAUAAGAAAAUGGGCACUCACACGGUGUGGGAGUGUGGAUUAAGACUUUUGGGGGGAAUUGAUCAGAGUCUUUCAAUUUUAAAUGAAUAUUCCUUUUGUACUAGUGUUUGCACUUAUAAAUGUCUGACCUACAGAAAUAUUUGUAUACAUGCUUAGAUAUAUUCCAAGUUUUUCUCUGCAGCAUUUGAAAAUAUAAUAUGUAAUAUAAUAAUAUAAAAUAUAAGGCAGUUUUAUAGAGUUAUUUUUAUUUUUAUAAUAAUGGUAAAAUAUAUAAAAUUUACCAUCUUAAGCAUUUCUAAGCGCACAGUUAGCAUUAUUUUUGAAUAGCAAAAAAAGGAAAGGAAGAAGGAAGGAAGGAAAGAAGGGAGGGAGAGAAAAAAUGAAUAGGAAUUAGUUCAGUUUUAUUUUUCCUUCAAUAGGAAAAAAAUUUAAUUAGUUUAUAUCAUGGACUACUAUGCAGAAUUUUUUGAAAAAAGUUAUGCCUAUAUACACUUCUGUAAAAGAUCAUGAAAACAAAUUAAGUGAAAAAUGUAACUUGGAAUACAAUGUUUAUAAUGUGAUCUCAUCCAUGUGUACAAAAGCCUGUAUAGGUAUAUGUAAAUUUAUGUAUGCAAAUCCCUGGGGAAAGGUUUAAAAAGGCUACACCCUUCACUGCUAACAGAGAUAACGUUAUCUCAGGCAUACAUUUGGGGAAGGGGAUAUAGGAGGAAAACUUCCAUUUUUUGCUCUCUCUGUUUCUGUAACAUUUAAAUUUUUAACAAUGAAAAUCUAAUUCUGUAAUCUGCACAUAAUUUAAAGAAAGAAGAAUUCCAGGAUACACCCAUAUGUAUAAUACAGAGUGGCACAGUAUUGAAAUUAAAAUAAAAUCCAUAUAAA